AUGAUAGAUCUAUGUCUGGAUAGGAUCACGUUAGGGUUAUUUUCUCUUGCGUGAAACGGAAGGAAGGGACUCCUCUUUUUAUCUUUUUGCCGUUUCUUUAGGUUUUUGUAGAAGAUGGGGAAUGUAUGUAUUCAUAUAGUCAGCAAUUGUGUGGAUACGAAAUCAAACACAUGGGUUCGUCCCACAGAUCUCAUCAUGGACCAUCCAGUGAAGCCGCAGCUCCCAGACAAGCCUCCUCAACAGAUGUUAAUGCACAAAGAUGGAGAUGAUAAACCCAGGGUUGAGACUAGUGGAGACCCUAAGUUACUUGAAGAGAAAGCGAAAACGAGUGGUUCUCAUCAAGAACAAAGCAAGAGUGAAGAAGAGGAAGAGUGGAAGAAGCGAGCGGCAAGGAUAGCGUCUGGGAACAGCAAGAGAAAGCCUCACAACGUGAAGAGACUUUUGAGCGCAGGGUUGCAAGCAGAUUCGGUGUUGAAAACGAAGACAGGGCAUUUGAAAGAAUUCUAUAACUUGGGGAGCAAGUUAGGUCACGGGCAGUUUGGGACGACGUUUGUGUGUAUAGAGAAAGGAACAGGAGUGGAGUACGCUUGCAAGUCGAUACCAAAGAGGAAGCUGGAGAACGAAGAAGACGUGGAGGACGUGAGAAGAGAGAUUGAGAUAAUGAAACAUUUGUUAGGUCAACCUAACGUGAUCUCCAUCAAAGGAGCUUAUGAAGACGCAGUGGCUGUUCACAUGGUGAUGGAGCUGUGCAGAGGAGGUGAGCUGUUUGAUAGGAUUGUGGAGAGAGGGCAUUACUCUGAGAGAAAAGCUGCUCAUCUGGCUAAGGUCAUACUUGGUGUGGUCCAGACUUGUCAUUCUUUAGGUGUGAUGCAUAGAGAUCUUAAACCUGAGAACUUUCUAUUCGUCGAUGAUCAGGAAGAUUCUCCUCUUAAGGCUAUUGAUUUUGGGUUGUCUAUGUUCGUCAAGCCUGGAGAAAACUUCAGUGAUGUUGUUGGGAGUCCAUACUACAUUGCACCUGAAAUUCUGAACAAGGAUUAUGGUCCUGAAGCAGACAUUUGGAGUGCUGGUGUGAUGAUCUAUGUGCUACUCUCUGGUUCAGCUCCUUUUUGGGGAGAAACUGAAGAGGAAAUCUUCAAUGAGGUUCUGGAGGGGGAGCUUGAUUUGUCAUCAGAUCCAUGGCCACAAGUUUCUGAAAGCGCAAAAGAUUUGAUCAGAAAGAUGCUUGAAAGAGACCCUAAAAAAAGACUUACUGCUCAACAAGUUUUGAGCCAUCCAUGGAUUAGAGAUGAAGGAAAUGCACCAGAUACACCUCUUGAUGCAGCUGUAUUGAAUCGCUUGAGGAAGUUUUCAGAAACAGACAAGGUCAAGAAGAUGGCUUUAAAGAUGGCUGUGGAAAGUCUUUCCGAACAAGAGAUUCACAGUCUUAGAGAAACCUUUAAGACUAUAGACAGUGAGAAGAGCGGGAGAGUAACUUACAAAGAACUCAAAAGCGUUCUUGAAAGAUUCGACACAAAUCUUGACAACUCUGACAUCAGUGGUCUUAUGCAAACACCAACGGAUUUGCAUUUGGAAGAUACAGUAGACUACGAGGACUUCAUAGCGGAGAUUGUAAAACUUAAAGAAUUACAAGACGAGGAAGCAAAUGAUCGUUUAGAUUCAUCAACAAAAGUGUAAUGAAGUUGUCUGAAGAAGUGUAAUGAGUAAUCAAAAUUGAUGAUGAUGAUAUAUUUAGACUGUAGGAAGUUACAAAAGGGCUGCAACAAAUUGAAAUAGGAAGGGCAGAACAAGGAGAAGAGGAACACAAAGAGGCCAUAUGAAGAAACAAAGUUGAUGGAUGGAAAGACCAAUAACUGUGUAGGUUCUUUUUUUCAUUUGUUUAUGCUAUUUUUUUAAAAAAAGUUUAGAGCAAAAAAAUAAAAAGCUGUGUUUGUAUAUAUAUAAAAGUUGUUGUAGAAGAGAUAAGGAGACGCAACUUAAACUCAG